AUGAGUGAUGAUUCGGACGGUAAUACAACAUUGAACUCUCUGGACUGCUGGGAUUACACCAUUGAACUAGAAUGUCUUCAAGGAACCACAGACCUGCAACUUGCUGCGGAGUUGGGCAAAACUCUCUUGGAGAGGAAUAAGGAAUUAGAGACUGCGCUAAAGCAACACCAGGUUAUUAUUGAAGAUCAAGCGCAAGAAAUCGAAUACCUCACCAAGCAGACGGUCGCCCUUCGUGAGGUGAACGACUCGCGUCUGCGCAUCUACGAGCAGCUCGAAGUGAGCAUCCAGGACCUCGAGAGGGCCAAUCAUCGGCUGGUGUUGGACAAUUCGGCAGAGAAGAAGCACGUCAAGAGCCUGAACGCCACCGUUGAGGCGCUAGAGGCAAAAUGUGAGGAGCUGCAGUCGACCAUCGACGAUCUCAACUUGCAGGUGGAUUUGGUUAAGAGGAGAAAUCAUAGAACGAGUGACGUUACACAAAAUGCCGCUACAAGAGAAGUGAUUGCGCUAAGGAGAGUAGAGAGGAGUGGAGAUGAUGAGAUUUUCAGCCCUGAUUCAUCUGUACAAUCAGAAAAUAAAUGCAGCAGCACAACAUCCCCCACCACCACCACCCCCCGCCACGCCCGCGACGACCCCGACCGCGCGGCCGACGAGCACGGCGCGGGCGCAGAGCAGCUGGCGCAGCUGGUCGAGCAGCUAGGGCGGGCGCGAGCGCAGUGCGGCCGCGAGGAGCGCCGCGCCGGCGAGCUGGAGGAGCAGCUGGCGACGAUGGCGCGGCAGUGCCAGGCGCUCGAGGAGCAGCUGGCGCGGGCGGCGCACGGCGGCCGGGGGCGCGACGAGGAGGACCUGAACAUGAAGAGCAUGCACGAGGAGCUGACGACGUUGGAGGAAGUGAGACAAGGCCAGAUGUGCAGCCGCUGCCUGCGCAGCCUCGACACCUCCAGCGAGAUCCCCGACGACGACGACGCCAGCAUGCUGGACGGGUUAAUGGCAACCGCGCACUCGCACCACCGCUCCUCCUUCUCCAUGGACGUGCAGGCACACGUUGACAACCAAUCUUCUCCGUUAACCCCCAAACAACCAGCCAACCCCUACAAAGAGUUGGUUCAGAAAUACGAGGCACUCGUUGAAGUCCAUCGCAAACCCAUGAAGAACAACGCCCCCUCGCUGCAAGAAGAAAUGCAAAUAUCAGGAGACUUCAACCCGCCGAGCAUGAAAGACACCGACGAAGAAAGCGGCCACGGAGACAGUCUCACCACCGAAAAAUCCCACAAGAAAACCAGGAAGACGUUCUCCACACCCACAGACUUCUCUGAAGCCGAAACCAGCUCCUCGGGCUUCGCUGAUGGCGACGACACCAGCAACAAAUUCACGCAGACCGAGGGCAGAGUGGGCUCGUUUCUUUGCACAAUCGCCGAUGGUGAAGAUUGCAAAUUCAGCAUUUACGACGACGCUAGCCCCAUCGACUCUCGGUUCAGGGACAGGCCUGAGUACCGAGACUUGUUCAAAGAGAUCUUCAACGUGCUCAAGAAAGCCGCAGAGAACAAGGACGAAGGCGAGGAGCUACCCUUGUUGGACGAUUGCGCAGUCAAAGUGCCGCCUGUCACGCCCCAAGCGGACCACGUUCCAGACUUCCUUGACGACGACUCGCAGAGUGUCGUAUCUUCCACCAUGUCCGAGCUGUCCACUUCCCAGAACGAACCCACCACGGUCAUCGAGAACUUCAUACAGUCCCAGAACCGGCCGAUUCCAGAGCACAAGGGCGCUGAGACAUUGCUACGACCGCUGGUUCGCCAGCCUUUGGAGUACCUCUCUGUCGAGGUUAGGAAACGUUCUUCUUCGAGGCGCAAGAAUAAGUACUCUGACAGAUCCGACUCGCCUGUUACUCAUAUAAUCGGAAGCCCGAAGAUCAACUACUCCAGCAGGCCCAACUCUGGAAGGAAACGUAGGGAACAGUCUAAGAAUACCUCGGUCGAGACUCCGGAACAGAACUGUUGGAACGGGAACACUUUGCAGUUCUGGUCUUCCAACAGGAAUGUCGCUUCGCCGACGCCUAGUCAGGGGAGCACCAAGUACGAGUUUAGGCCGAGUACUGCUUCCCAGGACUUACAUAAGUUGAAGAAGUUGGAUCUGUCAUAUGCCGAAGUAUUGAGGAACGCGGAUCACACGAAGAGAGAGUUGACUAGGCAAAGAAGGAAGUAA